GCAACAUUGCUGGCCCCAACUUUCUCCGCUGCCUAAAUAUCUGUUGACGUAGUCAAAUGUCAAAAAUCAUUCGACAAGUGGUUGGAGCAACAGUUUCGCAGCAAGUGCUUUUACUUUUUUGUUUUUACCACCCAAUUUAAACCAACAAKUUUACAAUUUCCCUUGUAAGCGCGCAGCAAAUAGUCAAAAUAUAGCACAAUGCGUCAACUKCGCGGUAAGGUGAAAGAGACACGCAAGCAGAAGAAGGAGCGUAAACUGGAGAAUUUGGAGAUACAAAAUCAGUUAAAAACCGUUGUAAUACCAGCAGUUUGUGUCUUUGCGCUACUCAUUAUUGUCUUCGUCUAUUUCAAAACACGCCCGGCUGUCGAGGUGUAAAUUUAGUGUAUAUACAUACGUGGWGUUGUGCGUGUCCAGAAAUGUGUGCCUUCAAUGGCCAAAACGAAUACUACUUGAACAGUAGCAGGCAAUAAGAUUUUUUUAACGUUACUGAURRAGAACUGUUCAAUGACACACAGUACUGUGCACUACCAGCAACUUUUUCGAUUGUUAGACUAUGGCGUUUGGUGUAUAUAUUUUGGAACUGAGGUGCAAAGUUCGCUAAAAAUAUAAAACUGAAAAUUUUAAAUUUAUUUUUGAGACUUU